AUGUUUCGUUCUAAGAAAACUGUACUUGCUGAUAUCCCAUGUCCUUCGAUCCAGCAAGGCCAUCAAUGCGCCAUUCCAAACUGUGUGUUUUCUCAUGCCCCGCCGCCACCAGAGAAGAAACGGCCAUCGCCAGAAGCCCCUCCAACCAAGGUAGUCAAGAAACAGCGAUUACCCAACACCUCAACCGAGAAAUCUAUUUCUACGAAUAUUACAAAGUCUGAAUUACCCGAACCUAGUUUACCAAGGAAAAAUGUACAAGAAACCCUACCUCCUGUGCAAAAGCCAACAUCGUCACUCAUGUCAAGGCUUACAUCGGAAAAGACAGAAGCUGAGAAAAAGCCAAUUCCAGAUCGAGUCCAAAAACCACCAUCAAGUACUGCAUCCAAAUCAACAGCAGCAAACGCUCCAGCAAAACCAGCAUCUUCUAGCCAGCAACCCGAGGUAACGUCUUUCGCUCCUCUCCCAGUGACACCGUUUGCUCCAGCUCCUUACCCCCAACGGAUGAGUUUCCUUAAGCAUGUUUAUGAAGAAGUACGCAAGACCAAUAAACGGAACCCCAAAACGGCAGCUGUACGAUUAGAGUAUAGUGUUGCCAAAUCGAGCUCUAAAGUGACAUACCCACGCGAGAUCAAAGGCUUAAUUCUUAGACUUAAAAAGGGUUUGCCGGUCAAUGGAGAUGAUGAGAAUAGUGAGGCUGCAAAGCAAAAACAAGAGAAAGCUAUGGAAAAGGCUUUAGAUGACAUGGUGGUGUUACCAAAUGUUUUAGAACAAAAUGGAUUUGCAGUCGAACCAGUUAAGCCUGAACCGGUGCCUUCUGGAAUUGUAGUGGACUGUGCGCGGUGUCGAGCUAAGGUCAUUGCCGAAAAGGUAAUGUCAACUGGACCGUGUCACUACCACUGGGCAAAACUUCCUUAUAACACACACACUAGAAAGCUCUCCAACGUUUACCCCUGUUGUGGAGCAGAAGUUGGCGAGUCUAAAGGAUGCACACGAUGUGAGCAUCAUGUGUACCGGUUCAUAGAGUUGAAUUAUCUUGCGGACUAUAUUCCGUUUGUUUAUGCGCCUGAAACCAAGACUGUUAAAACUCUUUUUGCAGCUGGUAUCGAUUGCGAAAUGGGAUUUACGUCACAUGGAUACGAAAUGAUUCGCGUGACAGUAGUUGAUUGGGCCACUGGCAAAACCGUAUUGGACAGAACAGUUUAUCCGUAUGGCAAGGUGAUUGAUUUAAAUACACGAUUCAGUGGUAUUAGCAAUCUGGACGACGGGUUGACAGUGGAUGGGGUUUUGUACCCCACAUUGUCAUUCAAGCAAGCGCGGGACGCGUUGUUUGAGUACAUUAACCGGUCAACCAUUAUUAUCGGACAUGGAUUGGAAAACGAUUUGGCAGUGAUGCGGCUCAUACAUACACGGAUUGUCGACACUUCUAUCUUGUACACGCGCGAAAAAUCAAAUAAGAAAAUGCCGCUCAAGGACUUGGUACAAAUGUACCUUGGACGAGUGAUCCAACGUGGGGAACAUGAUAGUGCCGAAGAUGCCAUUGGAUCGAUUGAUGUGGUACGAGUCAAGAUCAAAGAAUCGUUAGGAUUAACCAAGAUAAAAAAAGUAAGCCAUUUUGUAAAUAAUAAAUAA